AUGAGCACGAGAAGUAUCCCAGGCGUGUACAAUCCACCCUACAGCGACCUUCUGCCCAAAGCUUUCGAGAAGCCUAUAGAAGACCACCUGCGUGAUGCGUGUCGGGUGCAGCUGCCCAAAGCCAUGCGAAGGCCUCGGCACACGAACUUGCCGUCGCCACGGGGGUCCACGAACUACGGCUCAUCACAGGCGGAGAGGCUUGGCUACGACUUGUCGGCUCCUCCCCAGGAUCUGCCGGAGCGAGCCCCCCAUUACUCCCGCACGGCCAGCACUGGUCGGUUGCGCAAGAUUCAGGGGCCGUUCAGGUCCAGAGAACAGAUUGAGGUGGCCAAUAUCAAAGCUGCCAACACAUACAGAAGCAUUCAAGCCUCUUCCGCAUACGAAGCAGUAGAGGACGAUCGACGAAUGCAGGAGAGGAUUUCCAAACUGACGCGAUCCUCUCCGGUGGACUUCGCUGCUCCUGGUUGUGUCAAAGACAGGCAGAGCCCUGUUAGUGUACACGUGGGACUUCCAUACAAAGACCGCCCGCUCAGCCUCCGGGGCGAUUAUGUAGAGCUGCCAAAGAUCCGGGACAAACCACCGUUCUUCACUGCACUCGGGCCGGGCAAGCAGUUCUCGGACUACGACGAACAGCCAUUGCUCCCACACGGCCAUGUUUGA